UUUUAUAAUUAAUUUUUUAUUUUAUUAACUUAUUUUUAUGACAUUGUAGUUAUUUGGAAAAUGCGUUAAUUGUCUGGUGGAUUUUUAUAUUUAAGGUUGGUGAAUUUGGGAAUUUCUCGCGAUGGAAAAUUCUCGCCUGAGAACUUUCGCUUCAUCACGAUCAUCAUACACGCGGUGCAUUUUGCGUGAUUUUUUUUGAGUUCUGAGUUUGAAAUAAACUAAUAAACAAUGCCUCCCACAAAAAAACCUGAUUUGCAACCGGUGUCUGCUUUCUUGAUGUAUAAGAAGACAUCGACGAAUAAAGAAAUUAAGAAGAAACGCAAGAAAAGUAAGAAGAUACAAAAUCUUAGGAAAAAAGCCGAAGCGGAAGUUAAAAAACCGCUUUCUUCAAAAAAAAUUAAUGGAAGACACUCCUACAAAGACUCGUAUGAUAAUCAAGUAGAACAAGAUUCUCUUCCUUCAAAAAAAAUUAAUAACAGUCACUCGCAAGAUCUUCCUUUAAAGAAGAUCAGUAGCAGUCACUCUGAAGCUCUUCCUUCAAGAAAGUUGAAUAGGAGUCACUCCCAAGAUUCUUGUGAUGAAAAUAUAAUUGACAGUGAUGAUCCUACAGUAGAAGCACAAAAACUGUUCGAGUGGAUAAUAGAGCCCCUUGACCCGGAAACUUUUUUUAAAACGUAUUGGGAACAAGAAGCUCUUCACAUCAAACGGGGCAAUAAAACGCACUACUCACAUAUUUUAAAUUCAAGCAGUUUGGACAAAAUCCUGCGAAAUAAUGGUUUAUUUUUUACGCGAAACGUUGAUGUUGUGGCGUACGAAAAUGGGGUUAAACAAGUUUUCAACCAGGAAGGGCGAGCGUCUCCUUCUGCCCUUUGGGACUUCUACAGUAACGGCUGCAGUAUUCGUGUCUUAAAUCCUCAAACUUACAGUCGCAAAGUCCAUUUACUUCUGGCUACUCUUCAAGAAUAUUUUGGCACAAUGGUUGGAGCGAACGUAUAUUUAACACCACCAGGAAGUCAAGGUUUCGCCCCUCAUUACGACGACAUUGAAGCUUUUGUUAUACAGUUAGAAGGCCGGAAACACUGGAAGUUGUACCAACCAAAAGAUGAAGAUGUUCUAGCUAGAUUCUCAAGUCCUAAUUUUAAACGUGAAGAAUUAGGGGAACCCUUCAUGGAGUUGACUUUAAAUGCCGGUGAACUGCUGUACUUCCCCAGGGGCACCAUACACGAGGGUUGCACUGAUGAAGACUCACAUUCGUUGCACAUCACAGUUUCUGUGUAUCAACAAACGUCAUAUGUGGAUUUAUUAGAGCACAUUUUGCCCAAAGCACUGAAGAAAGCCGCCGUUAGUGAUGUUGAGUUUCGAAAAGGACUUCCUCUCAAUUAUUUAAAAGAUUUUGGAGUGGCCACUCAAUCGAAAAAUCGAAAAUUCCUCACUUCAAAAAUUAAAAAUUUAAUGAAUUGUUUGAUUAACUAUGUGGAUAUUGAUCAUGCAGCUGAUCAGUUGGGCAAAAAAUUCAUGUAUGACUCGAUGCCUCCGAUUUUAGCAAAAAGUGAGACGGGGAGAACUUCAAAAGCAGAUGGGCCGGUUUUAAAAGAUGGUGUUGUUACAAAUAGAGUUGAAAUUGAUUUAGAUACUAGAGUACGUUUAUUGCGUUAUUAUUGCAUUCGUUUAGUUUGUGACGACAAUUCGGCCCCAAAACUCUAUUACAACACUCAAAACGCUACAGUUUACCAUGGCGAAGAAGAACAAUGGUUGGAAUUGGAACCGUCUAUGGUACCUUUAAUUCAAAUGCUUCAAAACACGUAUCCUCGCUACAUUGAAGUGGAAAAAUUACCAUUGGAAGACAUGGCGGUUAAAAUGCAACUAGUCUUGGAUUUAUGGGAACACGGAUUGUUAAUCACCGAGUAUCCCCUAGAUGUAAUAGAUUAUUAAAAUUUUGAACAAAAUGUUAUUUUGAAGAGAAAUAUUUUUUUCUGUAUUUACACUUGACUACAAAAAAAACGCAAAUUGUUUUUUUUAUACUGUAAUUUGGC